ACACGUCUGGUUUUGGAAUUUGAAGACAAAUCAAAAGGAUGUUUUGUAAUUAUUUAAGGUCUACAGUUUAAUUCAAGAUGUACUAUAAUUUUAAAUUAUAUUUAAACCAAACCACUAAUCGAGAGUGAUUAAAUAAUAUUUUAAAAUUAUAACCACUACAUAUUUAUAAAAGGUUAAAUUAACAAUGGAUUUCAUUAACACUAACAAUGGACCAACCGGCUAUAACAGUUCGAACACUGGUCACACAGCAGUAUUUAUUGACGAUCAUCCUACGGAGAAUGUUGAAGGGCGGAUGACCGUAUCUGGAUCAAUCAUGCAAAAUUUGGGUGAUCCUGGUUUCAACACUUUAGAUGAACCUAUUAAAACAACUAUUAUGAGAGAUCUAAAAGCAGUUGGUAUGAAAUUCAAGCAUGUACUGUAUCCCAAAGAAAAAAAUUCUCUAUUAAAAGAAUGGGAUUUGUGGGGACCUUUGAUGUUAUGCACUUUUAUGGCAAUGGUUUUACAAGGAACACCUGGUCCAAUGGAUGUCGGCGAUGGAGGACCAGAAUUUGCUGAGGUUUUUGUAAUUAUCUGGAUAGGUUCUAUUAUAAUUACAUUAAACUCAAAACUACUUGGUGGUACAAUAUCAUUUUUCCAGAGUGUUUGUGUGCUUGGUUAUUGUUUACUACCCAUAGUUAUGGCUUUAAUAGCUUGCAGGUUUAUUUUAAUGUUUCAACAAACUAACUUCCUGUUUUUUAUACGAUUCGCCAUAUCAAUCGCAGCAUUUUUGUGGUCCACAUACGCCUCAAUAGUAUUCCUCGGUGACAGCCAACCACAAGGGAAAAAAGCUUUAGCUGUUUAUCCGAUAUUUUUAUUUUAUUUCAUAAUGUCAUGGCUUGUACUCUCACAUACUGUAUAGCACAUGUAUCGUUUAUGAUCAAAAUAUGUAUGUAUUUUAUAAAUAUUAUAUUACGCAAUGUUUUCAAAUUGUAUAUUUGAAAUCUUUUCUAUUCAUUGACUGUUCAGUAUGAUGCUUAAAUAAAAUGUGCACAUUUGUGAUGAAAGUGUUACAACCACGAAGGUUUAAAAUAUAUUUUUGUAAAAUUAAGUUUGUAAAUAUUAUAUUAUAAUUCUAAAUGGCAAAAGUUAUUUUGUUUAUCUUAAUAAUUUCUUUGUAUUCACUUGUUAAAAUAUAGUCUUUACUUUUAUUUAUUAUAGUGUGGUGAUAUUAACGAUAAACAUGUAUUAUGAAAAAAAAAUUUUUUUUAAUGCAAUUCGAUGUUGCCGGCAUAAAUGUUAUUAAAUAAUUGCCUUUCAAGCUCAAAAUGAAGUAAAAACACAUUUUACUGAACAGGCUUUGUAAAGAAAGAAAUGAUUGUAAAUGUAUGUUGAU